GCAAUACCGACAACAACUGUAGCCCCAACUACAACUGUAGUCCCCACUACAACUGCACCCCAGACAACAACUGCAGCUCCAACUACAACAGAAUCCCCCACUACAACUGCAGUACCGACAACAACUGUGAGCCCAACUACAACUGUAGCCCCGACUACAACUGAAGUCCCCACUACAACUGCAGUACCGACAACAACUGUAGCCCCAACUACAACUGCAGUCCCCACUACUACUGAAGUCCCCACUACAACUGCACCCCCGACAACAACUGUAGCCCCAACUACAACUGUAGUCCCCACUACAACUGCACCCCAGACAACAACUGCAGCUCCAACUACAACAGAAUCCCCCACUACAACUGCACCCCCGACAACAACUGUAGCCUCAACUACAACUGUAAUCCCCACUACAACUGAAGUCCCCACUACAACUGCAGUACCGACAACAACUGUAGCCCCAACUACAACUGCAGUCCCCACUACUACUGAAGUCCCCACUACAACUGCACCCCCGACAACAACUGUAGCCCCAACAACAACUGUAGUCCCCACUACAACUGCACCCCAGACAACAACUGCAACAAGAGCCCCCACUACAGCUGCAUUACCGACAACAACUGUAGCCCCGACUACAACUGUAGUCCCCACUACAACUGCACUCCCGACAACAACUGCAACUCCAACUACAACAGAAUCCCGCACGACAACUGCAGUACCGACAACAACUGUAACCCCAACUACAACUGUAGUCCCCACUACAACUGCAGUCCCCACUACAACUGCACCUCCGACAACAACUGCAGCUCCAACUACUACAGAAACUUCCACUACAACAGCAGUACUAACAACAACUGUAGUCCCCACUACAACUGCACUCCCGACAACAACUGCAGCUCCCACUACAACAGCAGCCCCCACUACAACUGCAGUACGGACAACAACUGUAGCCCCGACUACAACUGUAGUCCCCACUACAACUGCACGCCCGACAACAACUGCAGCUCCAACAACAACAGAAUCCCCCACUACAACUGCAGUACCGACAACAACUGUAACCCCAACUACAACUGUAGUCCCCACUACAACUGCACCUCCGACAACAACUGCAGCUCCAACUACUACAGCAGUACUAACAACAACUAUAGCCCCAACUACAACUGCAGUCUCCACUACAACUGAAGUCCCCACUACAACUGCACCCCCGACAACAACUGUUGUCCCAACUACAACUGUAGUCCCCACUACAACUGCACCCCCGACAACAACUGCACCCCCGACAAACACUGCAGCUCCAACUACAACAGAAACCCUCACUACAACUGCAGUACCGACAACAACUGUGAGCCCAACUACAACUGUAGCCCCGACUACAACUGAAGUCCCCACUACAACUGCAGUACCGACAACAACUGUAGCCCCAACUACAACUGCAGUCCCCACUACUACUGAAGUCCCCACUACAACUGCACCCCCGACAACAACUGUAGCCCCAACUACAACUGUAGUCCCCACUACAACUGCACCCCAGACAACAACUGCAGCUCCAACUACAACAGAAUCCCCCACUACAACUGCACCCCCGACAACAACUGUAGCCUCAACUACAACUGUAAUCCCCACUACAACUGCACGCCCGAGAACAACUGCAGCUCCAACAACAACAGAAUCCCCCACUACAACUGCAGUACUGACAACAACUGUAACCCCAACUACAACUGUAGUCCCCACUACAACUGCACCUCCGACAACAACUGCAGCUCCAACUACUACAGCAGUACUAACAACAACUAUAGCCCCAACUACAACUGCAGUCUCCACU